UCCCAAAGUUAAUGGGUUUUUUGAAUGGGAUUUUGGUUAAAAGCCUGAAAUAAGGUCUGUGGUGAACACAAGUUGCUAAAUGAUGUUAAAUAGAAUACUGUAGAACCUUUUCUUCUAAGAGUUACAUUCAUGUUUCCAUGGUAACAGAAAGUGAUCUCAGCAGGGAGAAUGAGAAAGAAGGAUGUGAGAAAGAUGUGAGGUGUUAUUUAGAAGGUGAAAGGAUGUGAAUUGAUUAAUUGAUUUGCCGAGGGGAGAGAGAUUAUGCAGCGUAUUUUUUCUCAAAUCUUGAACUCUUGAAUCAAAAUUAGAGGGAGGGAGAUUUAUAGUUUGUAAUAGACCAAAGGGCUUUUUUUUUUAAACACAGAUGAACAGUCAUUUGAGGAAAAACAAUGUCAUUUAAACUUGUUUUAAGAAUCUCUGGAAUAUUUAACAUUCUACAGUCAGAUAUUUUCACUUUUAUAGGCUGAUCAUAUUUCAUUACAAAGCUGUAAUAAAAUACUAAUAUUAAACAGGCAAUUUGGGAUUAGCAGCAGUCAAAUAAUGAAUUUAUUUUUAAAUAUAAAAUUACAUUUUUUUUUUUUGUAAGAAAAAUCAAGUAUACUCAUCACUCAUCCAGACCGGCAGGUGGCGCUGAUUAUCAUCGAGCUCAGCAGGAUGAACGCAACCAGAAUGUUAUGGAUGUGGAAAUAAGAGCUGGCUAGAGACUUUUAAAGUGACAUUUUAUUAACGUACAAUGUCUAAACUGCAAAUUUUAAGCAUUGUUCUGACAGAGAGAUUAACUUUAGCUGCGCAGGAGAUAUUCAAGGCUGUGGAAGACAUAUUUUCAGAGUAUGAUGAUGAGAUUUGUCGCUCCAGACAGGAGAUUGAGUUGCUCAAGAAGAGACUGCAGCAGGCAGGAAUUCAGAUGGAUUCUGAAAUGCAGCCCUGCUCCUCUGAGACUCAAGCUCAGAAAUAUACACAGGCAUUUUCAGAGGCAUGGAGAUCUGAACAUGACUUGAAGGAUACAGAAAAGCAUGUAAAGCUAGAAGUUUAUACACACCAGGAGGAGAAUGAAGUACAAAUCCCUGUGUGCAACGAAUCAGCACCUUUAUCACCAUGUAUGGACAUUUACCAUGACCAGAUGCCCAGCAAAGACACUGAACCCCAAAUGAUAGAUAGCAGUGAGAAUACUUUUCCAUUUAUUAACCAAGCACCUCAAAUUAAGAUUGAACCUGAGACUAAUACUGAAACAGGUAUCACCUGUCAGGCGCAGCAGCACAUCACAAGAUACAGCUUGAAUGAUUCAGCGGCCAGCGAUGUCAGCAGAAUCAAAGUCAGCCACAUUGGCUCUCCUAGACAUAAGACACAAACAUUUAACCUGCCCCUCAGAAAUCAAGAGAUGUUGACGCAGCAUAGGAUGGAGCUGGCUCAGAUAAAAGAAAGAAUGUCUUCGAGAAUCCAGCACCGUAACUCUGAGCGUAACAGUAAGAAAAGUCAACCGUAUGUCUGUCAGGAUGAAGUGUCACUAUCUGACAAGUGUAAAGCCAACAAUGCGAGAAACAGUCAGGCCUGGAGGGAUCGUCUGAAAAAAGACCCUGUAAAAUAUGCUGAGUUCAAAGCUUUGGAAGCUGCAAGAGCAAAGGAGUACAGAAGAAAGAGGACUGCUGCUGCCAUAGAAAUUGAUAAGGAAAAUAAUCGUGAGCGACAGAGAAGAUUCAGAGCCAAAAAGAAGUUACAGUGUAGAAGAACAGAAGAAAAAGAGUGUAAAGCUGAAGAAGAGCCUCUCCCACCUAAGAAAAUAAGAAAAGUCUUAACAAGAAACGAGCGGAUGAAGAAACGAGAGUAUGAUAGGAUAAAGAAAAGAGAGGAGAGGGAGAGGAUGGGAGAACAGAAGAAAAGACAAAUUCGUGAAAGAGAUGCGUCCCGAAAGAGGGAAAAAAGAAGACAAAAAAAGACAAAAAAGCGAACUAUCACUCCACAAACAAAUGUUGGCUCUCCAAGUACAUCUACAGGCUUUAGAACUGAAUCAGCAAAACAGGUGGUAGUGUCACGGAUGUCCAAAAAAAUUCCGGCUGAUGCAGAAAAGUUUGCGGACAUGGUAAUGGACUUCAUCCAUCACUGUAUUCCUCGUAAACAAGCAGCUUUGAAAGCUAGAGGUCUGAAAACAGCUCGUCGACGAAUAGAUUUUGAUGACCCAUCUCAAGAAAAACUUCGAUCCAUGAUUGAAGCUCUAAAGAAGAAGAAGGAUACUGCAUCCUUGGAGAAGAGGCGCCUGAUUGUCACUAGUUUGAUGGUUGCCAAAAAGUACAGAAGGCAACAUAUUGUAUCAAGGCGCUUUAACCUUCGUCCAGCAUAUCUUACCAAAUUAUCAAAUUCCUCAUCCAAUGAAGGUUUACGUAAAAAACGCAAGCCUGAUGCCACUUGCAUGGAUGUUGUGAACAAUAUAACUGCUUUCUAUCGUAAUCCUAAGGUAGCACGAGAACUUCCUUACAUGAGGACUGUAAAGAAACAACAACAAACAUUCCUCAUGGAGAUCUCUCUUCAGAAAGCCUAUGAACUUUGGAAGCUGGAAAAUCCAGAAAAGAAUUUUGUGUCCUUUGCUGUUUUCUCAUGGCUUCGACCUUCAUGUGUUCUUCUUCAGCGUCGGACAGACAUAAACCAUUGUCUCUGUGAAUAUUGUACUGGAGUUUUACUGAAGCUUCAGAGCCUGAACAGAAUUCUCACUGCUACUAACAAUGACAAGUGUAUGAAACUCAAGAUCAAAAACAAAUAUGAACUUAUCAAUUUUUCUCUAUGUCCCAAAAGUGGCAACAGCAAGUACCAUAAUCUAAAGUGUAUUAACAGAGCCUGCUCCGACUGUGGUGUAUCGCUUCUCAAGGAAAAGUUCAAAGCGGUACUAGAUUCGUAUGGCAAACAAGAAGUGUCCUGGCAAAAGUGGGAGAGUAAGGCUUUCAACCAUGAUGGUAGACAAAAGACCAAGAAGGUUCAAUCAACUAAGUGUGGCACAUUCAAGACAAUGUUUGAUGAGUUAUUGGGCGAAACAGACUUUUUGGCUAAACAUCUCUUUACAGCCAACUGGCAGAACGACCAGUUUUCCCUUAUCCGGGAAAAGUUGCCCAAUACUUGGUCGCUACUCGUCAUGGAUUUUGCUGAAAAUUACUCGUGCAUAUCCCAUAACGAAAUGCAGAAAUGCACACAGCAGAUAACCGUUCACCCAAUUGUUUGUUACUACAAGUGUCCCACAGAGGGUCACAAUCACACGGUCCAGGAAGCCUUGGUUUUUGUUUCGGAUGACCUCAACCAUGAUGCCAAUGCUGUUCACCACUUCGAAACUCUGGCUAUAAAGCACCUAAAAGAAAAGCGAGGACUGAAGUUAGAGCACGUAGUUGAAUUCACAGAUGGCUGUGGCGCACAAUACAAGUCAAAGGUGCCAUUUGCUGAUAUUAGCAACUCCAAGGCUUCUCAUGGUUUGUCUGUUGAAAGAUGUUACUUUGGAUCCCGCCAUGGCAAGGGGCUCAGUGAUGGUGUCUCUGGGGUUGUAAAAUCAUCUGUUCGAUGUGCUGUCCUGUCAUGUAGGAUCACUAUUAACAAUGCAGAGGAGUUGUAUAAUUUCUGCAGUCUAAAUUUGACAAAAGAUGGCUGUGAUGGGCAACUCUGUACAUUUUACCUGGUUAAACAAGGUGAAAUUCAGCGUGACCGUUUUAUAACACAAGUGAAGUCUGCCCUUGCUGGAACUCGUUUUCUCCAUUCUGUACGGUGUGUUUCUCCUGGGGUCCUGGAUACUCGCGUGUAUUCAUGCUUCUGUGAUGGCUGUAUGAAUGUUGAUGAUGGAAACCAGUGUUCUAACUCAAAAUAUGUCCUUCCCUGGCAACGACGUACCUUGAACAUAGAUGCUGAAAUAGUUGAUUUAUACCAGCAUGAAGAGGAGAACACCUUACCUUCUGCUACAAGUGAAGAUGACCAACUUCCUGGUGAACAAACAGAAGAUCUCUGGAUGAAACUUACUAACCCAGAACUUCCAACUGAUAACUUGGUAAUGAAUUUGUCUCAAGAAGAUAAAGGAGAGGAAACAAAUAAUUAAACAAGUAAUGAAAGGCCUAUUGAAGUGCAGGAUUUGCAGAUAGAAGAUCUCAGGGAUUAUGCUGUGCUGUACACCUGUCCACCCAAGUGGUGCUUGGGUAGAGUUCUUCAACCACCAACUGAUGGAGGAGUCCAGAUGAAGUUUCUGGAGCAGUGCGGAGUCAGCAAUUUGUUUUCCUGGCCCAAGACUCCUGAUGUUGAACUAUUAGAUCCAGUCCACAUAUUUCAUGGACCUGUAAACUUGAUUGGACACCAUCCAAUCUCUGUUGAUGAAGAGGAGUUUAAAAACAUUAAUGAGAAAUACAAGACAAUAAAGAAGAAUGCAUGUUAGUUGAUAUCAAGCAUAAUUCCAAUAUGGAGAACUGACUUCCCAUGAAUGACAUUUCAGAACAAGUAUAUACUGACUGCCUCAGUAGUUACUCACGUUGAAUUUAAUGCUACGUUUAAUUACCCUUUUGCAGAUUUUUGAGAGAGGAACAUGAAUUGAUUCUUUAGUGUCAUCUGUGCUGAUUUGAGUUAACUUAUUCUAGUUAAAUGAAGUGUGCACUAGCUUGACGGCACAAAUCCUUUGCCUGUUAUACAUGUAGAUUGUUAAUAAUGCUUAAAUGUCACACUCCCUUAUCAGCUCUAAACUAAGUUUGCAUUUACUUUUAAAUACAGACAAAAUUUCUUAAA